UUGAUGCUACCUUGACUGGACCCUUCAACAACUCAAACAGAACUAGCUUGUGUGUUUGCAAAUUGAACGAAAUUGUGAACUAAAUGGGAAGGUAUACAUGUGCCUACAACUGUGAAAGCUCCAGCGAGUCAGCUGUGAAGUACUUUAAGUUUCCCCUUUACAAUCCCCGAAAACUCAAGAAAUGGCUCAUCAACAUGAAGUGGAAGGACUGGACCCCAUCUCGCUUCUCUGUGCUGUGCAGCAAUCACUUUGAGGACCACUACAUUGACAGAACAGGCAAAUGUGUGAAACUCAAAGAAGAUGCAGUUCCCACCAUAUUUUCAUCCCCUGGUGACGCACAGAAAAGAAAGGCUUCCAUCAACCCAAGAAGUAAAAGAAACAAGCCACCUGCUUCCUCACAGACAAGUCCAGCUCAGUCUCAGACGAUCACUCCCGCCACAGCAAAGAGAAAAGUCCAGAACAAAGAGCCCAGCCAGACAGAAGAAGAGCCUGCAGGAGACAAAGACCCAAAAAAGUCAAAUGACAAAUGGAGGAUUAUAGUGGAUGAAGGGCUGAUGAAGAUAGAGUCAUUUCCACAUUUCUUCCAUGGAGAUUAUUGUGCACCACGGGAUAUUCAGUGGGCUCCAGAUGAUAAUUUUAAUACAGAGUGUGAAGAUCCUGAAAAGGUCAUAGAGGUGAAAGAGCCGUGGCAGUGGCUUGGUCUGGAUGUCAGAGGACCGCUGCCCCAAACUCUCAACGGACACAAAUACAUUUUGACUGUGACAGACUACUACUCCAAGUGGGUGGAAGCUGUGCCAAUGCAGUCGUGCCUCCCUUCAGAUGUGGCACAGCACAUCACCGACAUCAUUGCCCAUUUUGGAUACCCGCUCAGAGUCCUCUCCAGACUGCCUCAUGACAUAGUCCACAAAAUCAACAGAGAACUGAAAGAGCAGCUGAAAGUCACCGUUGCUCUUGUCAUCUAUCAUCAACAGACUGGCACCGUGGAUCUGGUCACACAGCAGCUAAUUGACAGGAUGGUAAGUGAUCUAAUAGAGGAGCAUGCAGCUGACUGGGAUGUCUACCUGCCCGCCAAGGUUUUCAGUCUGUGUUUCAAAGAGCAUUCAAAGACUAAGGAAAGGCCCUUCUCCGUGCUCUGCUGUACAGGACUGGAGCCCAUCAAAUCCCCCAGAGGACUGAAUUAUGCUUAUUCCAAGAUCCGAGAGAGUGCUUUCGUCGUUAGAUAGAUAUUUAAAGUUUAUUUGUAUUAUUUUUCAGGUCGGCUGAUGUGGAAAUGAAGCUGGGCUUGGUUUCUUUGACAGAACCCGGGAGGGAGCGUAUUUUUCAGCCAUGGGAAGUGCUUUGAUUGUGUCAAGGGAAAAGUGCUGGAACUCUCCAGUACUUCAUGGACACAGUGGGAAUGUAGUAACCCUGAUAGCUUAAUCAGGAUGGGGACUUUGUCGACUGAACGGGUGUGGCAAAUACCUGUAGAUUUCUACAGCAUCGUCCACACGUCCAGUAACUUAAUAUCAUUUUCAACUAGUUCAGUCCAUGUUUUGGCUUUAACCCAUUUUUUUGUCCAACUCAGUAGAAUAUUGUCUUGAAAUACUAAAAAACAUCACAGUGUGCAGUUUGGCACCAGAGGGAAUGCCAAGUUCCUGACAAAGUAAAUGCAAGUCUUGAACAGUCUGAAUAAUGACCAAAAGUUUAGAGCGAUGAUGUUAGUUUUGUGCUUGAGCCAUAUAAGUCUGAUGGAUAUAACAUUGUUAUGCUUUACAUCAGGAUUUUUUUUUCACUUUGUAAUCUGUCCCCCUUUUUCCAAUGCCUUUAAGUUAUAUUUUUUGAGAAUAGUCCGGGCAAAAUUAAGGCCGCUGUGCCUCAUUGUUGUUGUUUAAUAUGUACAGAAUGUAAAACAUGUAAAUAAACUUGCUUUAAAUAAUAAGUGCUUUGAUUAAGAAUGCAAGAAGCAAAUUAAGACUGUGAAAAUACAGAAGCACAUAUUGUCAGAACCAUGCCGUGUUUUCAACUAUUUUAAUGUGUUCCAUGUUGGUUUUGACGAAUGAUCGGUGCACAUGUGCAGUAUGUAAGGCAUCUGCAACAGAAGAAUCACAUCUGUUAUAUUAUGUCUGAGUUGCAUCUGCAUCUGCAAAGGCAAUAAAUUGGAGCCUCUUUGUUUACAGAUUACAGUCGUAUGGUAAUAAAAAUGUGCACCUAA